AGCCGCAGCGCUUCCCACAAUGCACUACCCGAUCAUCAGCGGGAAACCAAAAUGGCGAACGUGCUAGGAGAAAAUGAACCGUUUGUUAUUUUCUGAAGGAGACACGAGCACCGCACGUUCCCGCGAUAUAUUCUUGAGAUAAAUUCAACUCAGAAGCAGCCGGACGAUAACGACCACUCUCGUUGACCCUUUUUUAUCCCACCAGUCGUUGGUAUUAGCGGAGGUGACCGAAUGAGAGACUCAGGGGUUGUGGACCACCUGUCUGUCCAUCACAGAACCCACCCUCAGCGGCAGCAGCAGGCUGUGUCCUUGUCCUCCACAAGCCUCUCGGGGGGAGAGUAUGGAGAAGACGAGAUGUCUGGCAGGUUUAGAGAGGGACAGGAUGUCUUGGCCCGAUGGUCAGAUGGCUUGUUCUACCUGGGGACAAUCACAAAGAUAGAUGAGGACAAGCAGCGAUGCUUUGUUGUUUUUGAGGAUCGCUCAAAGUCAUGGGUUCUUUGGCAGGACAUUCAGACUGGGGAUGAGGAUGAUGAGGAUGAUGAUGAUGACGACAUUGUGUGCUCCAUAUGUCAAGAUGAAACUUCGGAGGAACCCAAUGAGAUCGUCAUUUGUGAUAAAUGUGGACAAGGUUACCAUCAGCUGUGCCACACCCCCAUCAUUGAUUCCUCUGUCAUCGACUCGGAUGACAAGUGGCUCUGCUCAGAGUGCGAGCUCACCUCUAUACCUAAGAGGAGGAGUGCACACAGGAGGGGGGCAUCUGCAAAGAGCUUUCUGCAGCCAGAGCAGCAACAGCACCGCGCAGAUCUGCACUUGUCCCUCCCUUACACUCUGGAGGAACUGGCUUGGGACCAGGACCACAAAACAAAUAUCCAGCAAUGUUAUUGCUACUGUGGUGGUCCAGGAGACUGGUACCUGAAGAUGUUGCAGUGUAACCGGUGUCAGCAGUGGUUUCAUGAGGCCUGUCUCCAAUGCUUACAGAUGUCCUUGCUCUAUGGAGAUAGGUUUUAUCUGUUCAUUUGUUCUGUUUGCAAUGGUGGACCAGAGUACCUCAGCCGACUGCCUCUCACAUGGGAGGAUGUGACACACUUGAGUCUUUACAAUUUGAGCGUGAUUCACAAGAAGAAGUACUUUGACUCUGAGAUGGACCUCAUGGCUUACAUCAAUGACAACUGGGAGGUGCUACAGCUCGGGGAGCUCUCUAGAACUCCAAAAUCAGAGCGAUUUGAAAAUGUGCUUGAGGCAUUAAACAGCAACAGCAGCAUGUUCAUGUCAGGGAAGGAGGUAAAGAAAAAGAAGCACUUAUUUGGAUUAAGGAUCCGUUUCCCUCCUGCUCCCCCCAACUCUAAUGAGUCACACGGCAGAAUGAUGGAGAGAGCUUCACAUGAAAUUACCAUUAAAGGAUGCAAGUCCACAAAACUUCUGUCUGGCAUUAGGACUUUAACAAAUGGCACAGAUAAGAAGAGGAAGAGGAAGCAAGGAGCAUGUUCCUUGGAGAGACGAGCUAAACCACAACACUCCAAUGAACUCUUUGCCCAGCAAACAAGAAGGCCUCUAAAACUAGAGCCUCAUACUGUGGAUCACUUCACUUCUGUAAACACCAGGAGUGACCGCUCUGCGCUGUCUUCAAGAACUUCCGACGUGGAAUCCAUAGGAGCCCUGAGCACCUCAGAAACUACCUCAACCAGCAUUUCAAGACAGUCCAGCCUCUGUAGCUCCAGCAAGAUGCACAUGACUGCCUGCAUCAUGCCUGUUUCCCCCCCACCCUUAAAAAGGAAACGGGGACGGCCACGACGAGCUCUGCAGCCCCCUAACCCGGAGAUCCCUCCGCCCAGUCAUGCGGACCCAACUCACUCAGCAGCAGCGAUGCCAAGCUCCCUCCCAGGGCUUAACUCAACAGACAUUGUUCACGGCAUGGACCCCAACAGCCAGCUCUCCCACCUCAAGAGCUCCAUCAGCAGCUAUUUUGGUGCAGCAGGGCGACUGGCAUGUGGUGAAAAGUACAAAGUCCUGGCGAGACGGAUCACCCUCGAUGGCAAGGUUCAAUACCUGGUGGAGUGGGAAGGAGUCACUGCCUCAUAGGCUUCUCACCGUCGUCAUCACAUUCAACGUUUAAGCAGCACCUAUAAGAGGUAUAUGGCUGUAGUGAGGAGGCUUACACAGCCUGUAUUUUGAGCAUUAAUUGAUUGAUGCUUUUGUUUAGUUUAGACAAGAGCAAGUUAUGCUUGUUAAGCUUACUGAAAAGCCGAGUGGUUCUGGGCAGUUCAAGGUGAUUAAAGCACAUUCAGACAAUUAUUCUAAUUACUGGUCAAAGGCAAGUAAUUGUUGCCACAUCAUAUUUCUGUUAACCUCUUACUUUCAUUAUCUGCUUUGGGUGUUUACAGAAACCCCAUUUAUUCAGGGGCAAAAAACUGAUCAUUUCUCUUUAGACUUUCAGUGAGCCAUUAUUGUGCUUGGUUUUUGAUCCAUUGAUAUGCUUUUUAUUUCCAGGACCAUUAAGUAUGAAACUACAAAACGAACAAAAGUAGUGGGUCAGACAUCUUAACUGGGAAUCCUGGAGGAUGACAGAAAGAGGGGCAGUUUUGUUCCAACAUAUUACUUUGAUAAACUGCAAACACGCACUGAGGAUUAAUGGUUUGGUUGAACAAUUACUUUUCUUAACCAAUUUGGUAAUUAAAACAUCAGUGUCCCCUGCUUUUGUAAUCCCCGUUACAAGUACCUCUUGUUGCUUGGGGCAUGUAUCCUUAAUUUCUGUUUGGAAAGUGCCCAUUUGUGAGCAGAUUAAGAGGAACUCAGAACAAGAGAUGUGCUGCUGCAAAUGUUUUAUUUUAUAUAGACAUUUAACAUUUAUUAUUAUCUUUUCUAACUACGUUCUCAUAUGCCUUUUCUGUUCAAGGGGGCCGAGUUAUCUGAUUUUCCUCUUCUUUUUUUUAUUAUUGAUUGCACAUGUCAAAUUAUAUCUUAUAGGAUAUUAUCUUUUUUUAAGCCAACAAGGCAGCAUUUACCAUGCAGGUUGUAAAGUCCCAACUAUUAAAUGUGAGAAUUCAACAGGAAUAAGUGAUAAACUGUGCAUUUUGAAAAUAAAUACAUAAAUAAUUGAUUUAAAUUUUUCUAAAUAAGCAUAUCCUUUGUAGAAUUUGGAUUUAAAAAUCAACAAAAUUACCUAACUUUGAAAUCUCUAUGGACCUAUUUGGUUUUUACUUUUAGUUCUUAAUCUCACCCAGUGCUUGGUUCAGAAUUGUGUUGUGUUUUUGUUUUGUGCUGCCUAUGCAAGUUAGUCCUGCAGACAUGUAUUGUUUCUUACAGCUUGAUGGGAACUUCAGCAUUACUAAUUUGAUAAUUUGUUUCAGGCAUUUCUAUUUUGCCAUGAUGUGAGAAGUGCAACAAAAACUUACUAAUGCACUUGGAUUUUUGCUUUUACACUAAUGUUAACCAUGUAAACCUUGUAGUCCUCGCACUCAGGAUGUGCCCAAAAACAUAACUGUAAUGCAUAGGCCAGCAUUUGACAGGAGGUUUUGAAGUGUUGUUUACUGUGUUUUUGGUCAGUAUUUUUAUAUUGGGCCCUCAGUUUUUUACAUUUCAUUGGGGCCAUUAUGUAUAAAUAAGCUGUAGUACAUUUUCACUGCUACACUUGCUUGUUUAAACUGAUUCAGACAAUAAUCACUGGAUAACUGCUGUACGAGUUGAAUAAUCAGUUAGAACUGCUCUCUUCCUUUGGAGAUGUUUUGGUUAAAAUGGACAGACCUGUUUGACAUUGAUACCUCCUUACUGUAUGAAUGUUUUCGGCACAUUUAAAGCUUCUCUCCUCUGUUCAGUCAGUGUCUCAGCCCACACGUUGCUGACACUGACCUCCAGCAGGCUUCUGCAGCCAAAGAACCUAUGUUUUUUUUCUCUCUUGAGAUUCCUAUUUCAUUUUUACACAUCAUCAUUAUACAGUCUUAUAUAUUGUUUCCAAGCCUGUUUUGUUAAAGGAUAAAUAAAAGCAGAUAUUUUUAAA